UGUGAAGUAAAAGCAGAAGCGCAUAAUAUAAUUCACAGAGUACAGAUAAGCAUGUGAAAGUAAAGUACCAAAUUACCAUAUAAAAAGAAAAAUAAAAUCAUUUUCAUUUCCUUUUUAAUUUUGAUGAUUCUCCUUUUCUCUUUCUUCUUGGGUGCUCAUUUUCAUCUCUAUGCUGCUACUGCGUAGCAGUAGAUUCACAGGUUUUGAAACUCUAUUUGCGCAAACGAAUUUUCUCUAUAAGUUAUGGAGACUGUAAUUUAAAUAUAGAAAUAGUACAAUGUUAGCAUUUCAGUAAAAAAAAAAAAGAGAAACCCUUGGUUCUUUUUGAAGGAAUUAUAGCAUCUUUUUGCUGCAAAAGGAUACUUGUUUAUCGCGAUGUCUGCCAAAUCCAAGUCUGCUUUAUCUGGAAAACCUAGCACUAAAGCAUCACCAGCAACUCCCCAAGCCGGCAAACCGAGCAGGGGAGUGGUUAAACCUGUUGCUACUUCAACUUCUUCCCCGCAAAAUGGCGGCCUUUCGGUUGAUCGUUCGUCAAAGCCCGUUGCCUUAAAGACUACAAUUAAUCGGUUAUCUCCCAAGAUCAGCACCCCGCCUGAUAAAAAAACCACUUCUACAUUGAAGCCUUCAGAACUUCAAGCUGAAUUAAAUCUAGCUCAAGAAGAUCUAAAGAAGGCCAACGAUAAGUUGGUUUUGGUCGAGAAAGAAAAAGCAGAAGCUCUUGAUGAAGUGAAAGAAGCCCAGAGAUUAUCCGAUGAAGCAAACGAGAACCUGAGAAAAGCUCUGGCGGCUCAAAAGCUAGCAGAAGAAAAUUCCGAGAUUGAAAAGUUUCGAGCAGUUGAGAUAGAGCAAGCAGGCGUGGAAGCAGCUCAGAAGAAAGAAGAAGAAUGGCGGAAAGAUCUAGAAGCUGUGAGAAACGAGCACACAGUAGAUGUGUCUGCUCUUCUAUCCGCCACACUCGAACUUCAGAAGCUGAAGCAGGAACUAGCAAUGACUUGCGAUGCAAAAAACCAGGCAUUGUCACAUGCUGACGAGGCAACAAAAUUAGCCGAGAUUCAUGUGGAUAAGGUUAAAGCCCUAGCUUCUGAAAUGGCCCACCUUAAAUCUGUUCUUGAUUCCAGGAUCGAAAUGGAGGCCAUUGAGAAUAAUAAAUUAGUGUCGGAUUUAAAAUCGGAGAUAGAUACUCUGAGAGAAGAACUUCAGAAGGUGAAAAUUCUCGAGGAGAAAUUGGCUGAAAAAGAGGCGAAUUUAGAGCAACUUAGUGUCGAUGUGGAAGCUGCAAAAAUUGCGGAAUUUUAUGCUUGUAAAUUAGUGGAGGAGUUUCAUGGAAGAGUUGAGGAGUUAAAAUCUCAGGCUGAAGAAGCAAAUAGGUUGGAAAAAUCUGCAUCAGAAUCUCUCGAAUCAGUCAUGCAACAAUUGGGAAAAAGUAAAGAAUUGUUACGUGAUGCAGAAUUUGAGAUUUUGUCGCUUAAAGAAAAUGUCAGCUUAUUGGAAAUUUCGAAUGGUAAACAGAAACGGGAUCUAGAGGAAUCAGUACGUUGCUUUGAAUUAGCGAAGGAAGAAGCUUCUCAAAUGGCGAAGAAGGUUGAAUUUCUCGAGUCGGAGAUUGAAAAUGUGGGAGAAGAGAAAACAAAGGCAUUGGCCAAUGAGAAGCUUGCAACUGCUGGUGCACGAACUCUGUUGGACGAGAAGAACAAGCUUGUAAACGAGUUGGAGAUUUCGAGGGAAGAAGAAGAAAAGAGCAAGAAGGCGUUGGAAAGUUUAGCAUCGGCCUUACACGAAGUCUCUACAGAAGCAAGAGAUGCAAAAGAGAAGCUUAUUUCUAUCCAAUUGGAGCGUGAGAAUUACGAAACGCAAAUAGAAGAUCUGAGGCUGGUUUUGAAGGCAACAACCGAGAAGUACGAAAGCAUGUUGGACGAUGCAAAACAAGAUAUUGACGCUCUUACUAAUUCAAUCCAACAUUCGAAUCAAGAUUAUGAUAACUUGAAGGCUGAGUUCGACCAGAAAGAGCUCCAUUUGAUGGACGCUGUGAAAAAAUCCGAAGAAGAGAAAUCAGGUCUGGAAACCGAAAUAAGCCGACUUAUUGAUUUACUACAAGCUACGGAAGAAAAGGCUUGUGCAAUUAAAGAGGAGGGAGAUAACUGGAAAAAAUCAUUCAAGGAAGCUGAUUCGGAGGUCAUUCACUUAAAGGAAGUUCUUGAUGAAGUAAAAUCCGAGAGCAUGAGAUUAAAGGAGGAUUCGAUUGACAGAGAAAAUGAAUUGAAGAAAAUUAUACUCGAGAAUGAGGAGCUAAGGAAAAGAGAAACGGAUUCUUCGAUAAAGGUUGAGGUGUUGACAAAGCAGCUUGAAGAAGCUUUAGCCAAGAAGAAAGGAGAGGAGAAUCUUGAUCUGACAGAUAGUGAAAAAGAGUACGAUGUGCUUCCAAAGUGGACGAGUUUUAUGAAGGAGAAGCCCUCUGAAUUUAGAGUGAAGAAUUCAAACGGGAAAUUAAAAGAAAAGGGCAGUGGAAAUUCUGCAGAAGUAUUAGAUCUUGAAAUGUGGGAGAGCUGCAAGAUUGACGAAAAGGACUUGUCGAUUGAGGAUGAAGUGGAAUCGAAAACUACAGAAGGUAGUGCUGAUCUUGAAAAUGGCGGCACAUCGCCUUCAAAGUCGUCUAGUGAGAAGAAGAAGAAGCCUCUGCUUCAAAAAUUCGGAAGCCUAUUGAAGAAGAAGAGCACUACCAAUCAGAAGUAAUUAAUAAGGCUAUCUAUCUUUCUUCUUCUGUUGCUUGCUCAAAAACUCGGAAUGUUUUUCGUAUUUAGCCUCUGAUAGAUGUUCAAGGUUUUUUUUUUUUUAAUUUAUUAUUUUAAUCAACUUUUUUUUCUCUGCAAUUAUAUAUGUGCAUCGGGUAAAUUCGUUU